UGUCAAUCGCCGGAGUCGGUCGCGUUGCCGUAAGCCUGCAUGGCCGCGUCACUCGGUGGCGCCGAAGCUCUGGAGCUGACGAGGCUGGACGUGCCGCUGUUCGUCGAUCCGAGAUCAGCAAAGGUCGCCCUGCGGUGCGAAUACGACUUGGAAGGGGCGGGGCUCUACUCGGUGAAGUGGUACAGAAACGACUUUGAAUUUUUCCGCUACAUGCCGGGGGCCCAGCCACCCGGGCAGGCUUUCGACCGCCUCGAGGUAAAAGUCGACCUCGAGCGAUCCGACGCCGAACAAGUUACUCUCCUGGGGCAGGAAGAAGGGGUUAACCUCGCAGGAUCCUACCUGUGCGAAGUCUCAACCGAAGGACCCGAAUUUCUUACCAAAGAGAAAUCGGCCAAUAUGAGCGUCGCCGUCGUGCCCAAUAGGGAUCCCAUCCUUGAGGGUGUCAGGCCCACCUACGAUCUCGGCGAACUGCUCCAGGCGGAGUGCACAUCCGCCCCCGGCUACCCACCCGCCAACCUGACCUUCAUCCUCAACGACAAGCAGGUGUCGUCGGCGCUGACGCGAAACCUGACGCCGGAAGUGACGCUCCCUAUGGACGGCGGAGGUCAGCCUCUUCAGCUCUCGACGACACGCCUGGGGUUGACGCUGCGUCUUGAACGCGGGCACUUUCCGGGCUCAAGUCUGAGUCUCAUCUGUCUUUCCACCCUGCCUGGCAUCUCGGCGGCACGAGCGAGAAAAACGGAAGUGACGUCGACGUUGGCGGUGAGCAGCGGCCGCCUGCAGCAAGAACCUCCGGCGCCCUCUUCGGCGAGCGUUAAUUUUCUGUUGAUAGAUUUUUUACUGUUACCCCUAACGGUGAUUGUUAUCUCCGUGAAAUUCCUCGCCGCCGAAUUACCCUUCGCGCAAUCAACCAUCUCCCGGGGUUACUAGACGGACAGAUUCUCCCGAAAUUACUCGAGGGGCACCGAACCUGCCGCCGCAUCCUCCAGGGUCCAGGAUAUCCGGACUAGGUUGGUAUUACUGUGAUCCCGCCGGUGUACGAGUAUAUAACAUAUAAAUAUGUGUACAAGAAUCGUACAUGUAUAGUGUAUACAUAUGCGAGUACAUACAUAACGAUAAGAUAUGGUUAAAGAUUAUUUUAAAAAACACUGUGUUGUACAUAUUAGGGUAUGAAUGGAUAUAGUGGUUAGGUGUUUACUGAAUAAAGAUACGUGAAUGGCGAUGAUAC